AUGGUUAUUGAAGUAGCAUCAGUUUUAGGUAUUGAUGCCACAGAUAUGGAUGUAGAAGUACCAAAUGUGCCUUUAGCUUGUGUUGAAGAUGACUCAGAAAAAGAAUUAACACCUGAACCUGAUUCUAAGACAACUUCUUUAAAUGUAAAUGAAUCUUCAAAUAUAGAAAAUGGUAAUUUUUCUACAUUAAAACCUACCAAUCAACAAAAUAGUAGUGGAAAUAAUAAUUCUAGUAUCAGUUCUAAUUCAUCAAACUCCUCAACAGAUAACUUUGGUUUUGGUGAAGGUGGUUAUCUUUCUACAUCAUUACAAAGUUUAGUUGAAACAUUUGAUCAAAAAGUUAAUAAAUGCCUUAAAGAUAUGGAUGAAAAUACAACAACAAUGGCACCAGUUCCAAUAAGAACACAAGAAGAGAUAAUGUCUGAAUCACAGGUAUGGUGGACAUUAACAGGUAACUAUGGAAAUAUUUUACCAUUAGAUUUUAAUAAAACACGAAUACGUGCUGAUCAAUUAGAUGCUUUAGGAUUGUCUUCUUCUACAAGACAAUCAGAAAAUUCAGAUAAUGGAUAUGAUUUAAAUGAUGAAGAAGACAUCCGCCAACAAUUAGAUUUUCAUCAAUUAGUUACACAAAAUUUAUCAUUACCUAAUGAAAUUCCACCGGUGUCGGCGGAUCAAGUUAUUGAGGAGAUUGAUGAAAUGAUACAAUCUUGUGAUUUAUUAGCAUCAAUGACAACAGAUAGGACUAUGGAAUCUGUAGAUUCUAUGUAUAGUUCAAUGAGAUCACCAUAUACAGGAAGUUCUAUCAAUUCACAAAAUGAAGUAGAUUCUAAAAUGAAACAAGCAUCAGUUAUAACAUCAACAACAGAAAAUCUUGAAUCAUUACCAACUAAUAAACUUUUAACAUUAGCAUCAGAAAUGGAACAAUUAAUUAGAAUAUAUAAUGAAGCAUUAGUUGAAAAUUUGGCUCAUCGUGAUGAGUUAGAAUUUGAAAAAGAAGUUAAAAAUACAUUUAUAUCAUUACUUCUAUCAAUACAAAAUAAACGUCGUGCCUAUCAUAAUGAAAGGAAACGAAAAGGUCUUCGUAUAGAUGUUAGUCAAAUGCCACAAUUUGCAGUAGCAACAAUUCCACAUGAUGAAAGUAAAAAAGUUAUUGAUACCCCAACAUUAGAAGCAUUGAUAAAAAUAAUGAAAGCAAUUGAGGAUGAUAGUAAUAAUGUACCAUCAAUGUUAACAGAUUAUAUUUUAACUUUUGUAUGCCCAAGCACAACUACAAGUAUGAUUGUUGAUAAUACUUUAUCAAUUAAUCAAAUGACUUCAUCAACAAUUAGUAAUGGUACAAUACUAAAAGGAAAUUAUUAA